AUGGAUUCUUCCAGCGGAAAACCAAGAUCAUCUGAUUCCUCAUGCAUCAUUUCUGCAUCCACCAGUCUUCAAUUUUCAGAUUCCCCAAAGCUGAGCCUAGAAAAUUACAACAUAGACACAGUAGCAGCACAAGAAGAAGAUGAUCAUGACCAAAAAGAAGGAGUGGAAGGUAUAAAGCUUGACCUUAUGCUAGCAGGAUAUGAUUCUAGUCAACCACAGCUCAAUCAAGAACUCAAUCUCCUCGACUGCUUAGAGACAGGUGUAGUCACUCCGAGUUUUAACGGGUCAACUUCCACUGAACAGAAGCUCUUCUCAUGCAACUACUGUCAAAGAACAUUCUACAGCUCACAGGCGCUUGGUGGUCACCAAAACGCCCACAAAAGAGAAAGGACUUUGGCAAAGCGAGGGCAACGGAUGGCAUCUGCCGCAGCUUUCGGGCAUCCAUAUGGUUUUGCUCCGGUCCCGUUCCAUGGACAGUACAGCAACAGAACCUUGGGUAUUCAGGCACACUCAAUGAGUCAUAAGCCAAGUUCAUAUAACGUUUACGGUGGUGAGUAUGGUCAGAUCAACUGGUCAAGGAUACCACUAGUUCAGCAACCAGCAAUAGCAAAACUAACUUCAACAGAGAAUCAUUAUAAUCAUCAUCAGAUGAUGAUUGCUCCACCGUUGACUUCCACAUGUGAAAACAUCGGUAGGUUCGAUGUAGGAAGGAUUCCAGUAGAGUUUCCAACUUCUGAACUAUGGCAGAGAGGCGAGGAAUUGUUGAAGCCAGCUGAAGAAGAGAAGCAGAAGAACCUUGACUUGUCCCUUAAACUUUGA